ACUCCCACAGUACUCGUGACAACACUUUUUUUUCCUCUUCCCUUCGACCUCUCUUUUCCAAAAGGCUCGACCAUGUCUCUCGAGGAUGUUUUCGACGGUGCUGUCGGCAUCGAUCUCGGUACCACCUACUCUUGCGUGGGUGUCUGGCAAAACGACCGUGUCGAGAUCAUCGCCAACGACCAGGGUAACCGGACCACACCCUCUUAUGUCGCCUUCUCGGCGGAAGAGCGUCUCAUUGGUGAUGCCGCGAAGAAUCAGGCUGCGAUGAACCCUCGCAACACUGUCUUCGAUGCCAAACGUCUCAUCGGUCGUCGCUACGAUGACCCAGACGUCAAAAAGGAUAUGACCCAUUGGCCAUUCGAGGUCAUCGAGAAGGACGGCUCCCCUCUUAUCAAGGUCCAAUACCUUGGGGAGGAGAAGACCUUCAGUCCACAGGAAAUUUCGUCCAUGGUUCUCACGAAAAUGAAGGAAAUUUGCGAGGCUAAGCUCGGCAAAACCGUCAAAAAAGCCGUAGUCACUGUCCCCGCUUACUUCAACGACUCGCAACGACUGGCUACCAAAGACGCUGGCGCCAUCGCUGGCCUCGAUGUCCUCCGUAUCAUCAACGAGCCCACAGCUGCUGCUAUCGCCUAUGGUCUCGACCGCCAAUCGAAGACGGAAAAGAAUGUGCUGAUCUUCGACCUGGGUGGAGGCACUUUCGAUGUUUCUCUCCUCAACAUCAGUGGUGGUGUUUUCGCCGUCAAAGCGACGGCGGGUGACACUCACCUUGGUGGUGAGGACUUCGACAACACCCUUCUCGAGCAUUUCAAGAACGAGUUCAAGCGCAAGUCCAAGCUCGACAUUUCUGACGAUCCCCGUGCUCUCCGUCGCCUGCGUAGCGCUUGCGAGCGCGCAAAGCGAACCCUUUCCAGCGUCACACAAACGACCGUCGAAGUCGACUCGCUCUUCCAGGGAGAGGACUUCUCUGCCAACAUCACUCGUGCUCGUUUCGAAGAGAUCAAUGCCGCCAUGUUCAAAUCUACGCUAGACCCGGUAGAAAAAGUGCUCAAGGAUGCUAAGAUGGCCCGCGAGAAAGUCGACGACAUUGUUCUUGUUGGUGGCUCGACCCGUAUUCCCAAGAUCCAGGCCCUUGUUUCCGAAUACUUCGGUGGACGCCAACUGAACAAAUCCAUCAACCCUGAUGAGGCUGUCGCAUAUGGUGCAACUGUACAAGCCGCAAUUCUGACCGGCCAGACAUCGGACCAAACCAAAGAUCUCCUCCUCCUUGAUGUUGCGCCUCUGUCUCUCGGUGUCGCUAUGCAAGGCGAUGUUUUCGGUGUUGUCGUUCCCCGCAACACUCCCAUCCCCACGAACAAGUCACGUGUGUUCACGACCGUUGAAGACAACCAAACCACCGUCACAUUCCCUGUAUAUGAGGGUGAGCGCACCCAGUGCCGUGACAACCGUCUGCUUGGUGAAUUCGAGCUCAAUGGCAUCCCACCCAUGCUCCGUGGACAAGCAGAACUUGUUACCACUUUCGAGGUUGAUGCCAAUGGUCUCCUGAAAGUCUCCGCUCAAGAUCGUGCUUCUGGUCGCAAAGCCUCCAUCAGCAUCACCAACUCGGUCGGCCGUUUAUCAUCCGCUGAGAUUGAGCAAAUGAUCAAGGAUGCUGAGCAGUUCAAGAAUGCUGACAAAGAGUUCUCCGCCCGUCAUGAAGCCAAAUCUGACUUGGAGGCUUACAUUCACCAAGUCGAAGGCACGAUAACAUCACCGGAGAUUGGCAUGAAGUUGAAGCGGGGUGCCAAAUCGCAAGUGGAGGCUGAGUUGGCGCGCGCUAUGGAGAAGCUUGAGAUCGAGGACUCGACGGCGGAUGAACUGAAAAAGGCCCAGUUAUCGAUCAAACGUGCCCUCCAAAAAGCCACAGCCGGAAUCCGGUAG